AUGCCUUUCGGCAACACCCACAACAACUAUAAGAUGAACUUCACCUGUGACCAGGAAUACCCCGACCUCAAACUACACAACAACCACAUGGCGAAGGCACUCACCCCUGCAAUCUAUGAGAAGCUGAGGGGGCUGCAGACUCCCAGCGGUUUCACAGUGGAUGACUGCAUUCAGACCGGUGUUGAUAACCCAGGCCAUCCCUACAUCAUGACUGUGGGCUGCGUUGCUGGAGAUGAGGAAACCUAUGAUGUCUUCUGUGACUUGCUCGACCCCAUCAUUGAAGACCGUCAUGGUGGCUACAAGCCAACCGACAAGCACAAGACCGACCUGAACCACGAGAACUUGAAGGGAGGUGACGAUCUGGACCCCAACUACGUCUUCAGCUCUCGCGUCCGUACCGGCCGCAGCAUCAAGGGAUACACUCUGCCCCCCCACUGCAGCCGUGGGGAGCGCCGUGCCGUCGAGAAGCUCGCCAUCGAAGCUCUGAAUAGCUUGACCGGUGAGUUCAAGGGAAAGUACUACCCCCUGAAGGACAUGUCCGACGCCGAGCAGCAGCAGCUCAUCGAUGACCACUUCCUCUUUGACAAGCCCGUCUCUCCCCUUCUGUUGGCCGCUGGCAUGGCUCGGGACUGGCCCGACGCUAGAGGCAUCUGGCACAAUGACGACAAGACCUUCCUGGUCUGGGUCAACGAGGAGGACCAUCUCCGCGUCAUCUCCAUGCAGAAGGGCGGCAACAUGAAGGAAGUCUUCAGGCGCUUUUGCGUUGGCCUGCAGAAGAUUGAAGAGAUCUUCAAGAAGGCCGGCCACCCCUUCAUGUGGAACGAGCAUCUCGGCUACGUGCUGACCUGCCCCUCCAACUUGGGCACUGGACUGCGUGGUGGAGUCCACGUCAAGCUCCCCAACCUCAGCAAGCACCCCAAGUUUGAGGAGAUUCUGACCAGACUGCGCCUGCAGAAACGUGGUACAGGUGGCGUUGACACCGCAGCCGUCGGCGGAGUCUUCGACAUCUCCAACGCCGAUCGCCUGGGCUUCUCCGAGGUCGAGCAGACCCAGAUGGUGGUCGAUGGCGUGAAGCUCAUGAUUGAGAUGGAGAAGAAGCUGGAGAAGG